AUGCAGCAGCCAAGCUAUCUGUCCGCCCAGCUGAGCCCCGGUCAGUCCAUCGACGGCCUUGGCGACUUGCAGGACCUUCCUGAUCUGACCUUGAUCCGCAUCCAGAGCUCGCCACCUCACCGACGGUUUCCUAGCGAACAGGAUGUUGGGUGCGUCAAUUAUUCAUCGCGCGACCAGAGAGGCCUUUGCCGUUAA